AUGGAAACGCCACACGCCCCUGCCAGGACGGUCACGCCCGCCUACGAUGACUUCAGUGGAGUGGACAUGAGUGCCUUUACCAAUCCCUACGAUGCCCUCAUUGCUGCGUCGAAAGAAGAUCCAAAAGAGAUGCAAACGCGCUAUUCGACGCACCGCGAAGCCCGCAAUGCCGCACAGAAGGAGAAACUUCUCGCUCCUGACUUUGCAGGUGUCAUGGUCGACCCGAUUCUGCUACGCCUGGAGGACCCAAGCAUUGAGCCAGGCUUCGUCGACACGAGGAACUGCUUGGUGUUCUGGGCGAGGCCACCAGAGAAGGUUAAGGCGCUGGUGAAGGCAUGCCAGGAGAAGCUGAAGGAUGUUGUUCCAAACCUCUGGCUCAUGCCCCAGACUUCUCUCCACAUGACCGCCCUCGAGAUCACGCACUCGCGCACCGCCGAAGAGAUCGCCACGCUCCUCGCGCAGCUCACGCCGGCGGUCCCCGCGCUGGCGAACCACCCGUCGUCCUCGCCGCACCACCGCGCCCGCCUCGUGCGGCCCCUGCUCGGCUUCGACGCCUCGGCCAUCGCCCUCAGCUUCGUGCCCGCCGCGGACGGCGAGGGCCUGGUCGGUGGCGCUGCUGCUGCUGCUAACGGAGUGAAGCCGCUCGUCGACUCGGCCGGGCGCGAGAGGAGGCCCGAGGACGACGCGUACACGUACCACCACCUGCGCAGGGACCUGUUCGCAAAGGCGACCGAGGCCGGCGUCAAGGUCGAUAGCAGGUACGUCGUGCCGAGCGCGCACCUGACGGUUGCGAGGUUCAUCCGUGACGAGGACUUUUGGGUCGAGGGGGAGAAGGGGAAGGUCGAUGGGGAGAAGGUGCGGAAGUUGGUGGAGAGGAUCGAGGAGGUGAAUGCGUGGUUGAAGGAGGAGUUUUGGCCGAGGGUGGAGGGACAGGGCAUCAAGGAGGGUGGCGAGUGGGUGGUCGGGGAAGGGAAGGGGUUGGAUUGCAGAAGGGGCACGCUGUGGUAUGGGAGUGGUGGGGAGACGGUGAUGCUUGGGGAGGGGUUCUGA